AUGGUAUCAGACUCUAACGUCGAGCAAGCGUGUGAUUCUUGCCGUAAAAAGAAGCUUCGCUGCUCCAAAACAUUACCGACAUGCUCCAAUUGUGAACGACAUAAUUGGGAGUGUCGUUAUUCGCCAAAACAGGUACGUUCACCGUUGACAAGGGCGCACCUUACACAGGUAGAGAAGAGGCUAUCGCAGUUCGAAAAUCUAUUUGAGGAGCUUUUCCCCGAUCAAUCUAUUGAUGAGGUAUUGCGCAAGAGCCACGGCUCAAGUUUAAGUAUUGCAUUGGCUAAUUCCAGAACGUUGAAUGGAGGGCCCAGUACAGUGAACUCCUACAAAGUUGAUAAACCACAGCACGGAAAAAACUACCGGAAGAUUGAACCGCUGUACGAUAUGCAGCUUCCGAAAGAGGUUUUGCAUGGAUUUGAAUGGUCUGAGAGAGAAGAUCACGAAGUUCGAAAAAGCGAUGGCAUGGGCGCCUUAAACGUUGAUGUCGAUCACAGGGGCUAUUUUGGAGCAGGCUCAAAUUCUGUGCUUCUGAGAUCAUUAUACGUCACAGAAUCUAUGUUUCAACUACAGAAUUCGCCUCAAGUGGCCAAGGGUAGCCUCCCCUUAAGCGCCAGACACGUCACUUCGAGGUUCAUAGAGGCAUAUUUUCAUCAUUUUCAUCCUUUAUUUCCUAUCGUUGACGAGAGCCUCUUUCGGAUGUAUUAUACCGAUAAACUAAAGCCAUCCUGCAUGGAUGUUUGGCAAAUAAUGUUGAACUCAGUGCUGGCGCUGGGGUCAUGGUGUGUUAACGGAGAAAACUCCGACAUUGAUAUUAACUAUUACCAAAAUGCAAAGUCAUAUUUAUCAAGUACAGUAUUCGAAAACGGAUCAAUACUGCUAAUUACUUCUCUCGUCCUUUUGGCUAAUUAUGCUCAGAAGCGGAAUAAACCUAACAGUUGCUGGAACUUUUUGGGGCUUGCUAAUAGUAUGGCAAUAUCUGUGGGGCUCCAUCGUGAUUUGAGGGUGUCCUCCGAAGACCGCAUUUCAGAUCUUGAAAUAAGACGCCGAGCUUGGUGGAUGCUUUAUACUUAUAGCUGUGCCAUGUCUGCACAAUUUGGCAGGCCAGGGCAAGUGCCGAGUCCCGACGAUAUUGACGUAUCACUUCCAAGAAACCACGUCUCUAGUAACACAGAUAUUGAAGGUCCAACUAUAUACUCCUUCAUUAUCCAAGCUGCAAAAUUAACCAAUGUAACUUGGGAAGUAUUUGACGGCCCACUAUACUAUAUCAAGGCAGAUUCUCUCUCUCCGAUAGACUACUUACAGAAGUAUGAAAAAAUACGAUGCUUUGUGGAUGAACUUCCUCCUUAUUUUCGGGAUUCAGGACCCUGUACUCAUGAUCGCUCGGUCGACUCCAUUGCUGACUCAGGGCAAACUCCUGACUGGCAUAGACUGAACAAAUUUCGUUUGAAGUGGAUGCAACAACACAUUAUCAUUGCACUUUUUAGACCGCUAGUCUUGAAACACUUAGAAUCGGACAAACAACUCCCGAUGAACGAAAGCGCUAAAAGAUGUUUGCAAAUUUGCCUGGAUACCGCAGGUAGUACAAUCUCUUCUAUUUCACGGUUUUCGCAAGAAUUAGAGAUCACAACGCUUUCUGCGUGGCAUGCAACUUUUUAUCUCAUUUCUGCGGUUUUAAUUCCCAUGGUAAGCAUGAUUACCGAACCGGAUUCAAGCUCCAGACAUGAAUGGAAGGCUCAAAUUGAUCUUUCGAAACAGACUCUUGAGUUUCUAAAGGAGAAAAACGCUACUGCGGAGAAAUUUCUCAAUGUUAUAGACAACACUUGUGGAGAUACUCACCACGAGAGCGAAGCCUCAAUUCCGAGACCUAGAACCAUCUCCAAAAUACGUCAAGCACCCAACUUAGAGAAUGAAAACUCCCCAGUAAGGUCACCCAGCUUGCCUGUCUCUAGUACUAACGAUGCCUUUAAAUCAUCGGCCAGUCUCUCGGAUCUUAUCAACCUGUUGUCUCCUAGAGCUGCCGGGAAUCAGCAGUCGCAGACCAGAAUUGAUGGAAACACUUCAAGACCCUCUCAAAUACCAUCUAAUAUUGAGGAGCCUCCACCGGUUUCACUUCCAAGACAUGACACUACAAUAUUUCCACUUUGGAACGGUGAGAGCGUCCAAACAUUAAUGAACACAACUACGAAUAAUAUGUUCAACACUACUACAAUGGACGACAUCUACAACUACAUCUUUAACGACGAUGGUGCUUCUUCGCCCCACUCUGACAGGUGA